AUGUCAGAUUGUUUGGAACUUCAAGGAUUUUCGACGGAUGGAGAUGAAGCUUUUAAGAGCUGUGAGAACCUGCUUUUAAGGGACUCUUUGUUGAAAGAAGAGGAAACUGCCGAUUUGACUGAUUACAAUGUCUUAGUAGAGAAUUGUCAAGAUAUAUCGACAUGUCAUGACCUGAAUUGUUUAGAUCAUAGCUUACACGAGCUUGUUGAUUCAUUGUCCAAUUCUAAUUCACCAAAUCAGAAGCCCGACUUCCUAGACAUGUCACUAGAUGACAUUCCAUUAACUGAAACUGAUCCGAAUGACUUGUUUAGAAUCAUACCUGAAAAUCUUCCAGAUGACAAGCUUUUGUUGCUUAAAAUUCCAGACAAUUUGCAGGAUUCAAACUUAUUAAAUGACAUUUUAGACAUUGAGCUUGAUCAGUCAAUUUUGGAUGAAAUUGAAAAAGCUGUUAAGGACAGUGAAGGAGCUUUUCUUAACGAACCUGAAGAAAAUGCUUACAUAGUAGAAGAAGUCGUUGAAAUUGUCCGCAGACCGCCUUUACAGCUCAUCCAGCAAGUUAUUAAAUUUCCUGUCGUUAAAAAUGCUCGAGUUGAUAAGAAAGCUGAAGAUUUAAUGGCAUCUAAUAAGCGUAAACAAGCUUUUAUAUUUCCACGAGAGGAUCGUGUCGAGUUCUAUAGUGACGAAGAAAAUAACGAAAAUUCACAAAAACAACCAAUAACUGUAAAUGAUGACGCUCCAUCACCGAAGAAAGCAAAAUUGGAAGAAACAAUUAUCGAGACGCCAACAAUUGACGAAAUUAGACCAAAAAAUAUUCCAAGUGAGUCACCACAAAUUGAAAAGAAAAAGCCACGAUUUGUCAUCGAAAAGUGCCCGAGAUGUGAUAAAAGCUUUAAGAAGCUUUCGAUGCACAAAUGUCGAGAUGCAGUUGAUGACAAAGGACCGAUCAAGAAGUUAAAACCAUCAGAUGUUCCAUUGCCAUUGAAAUGUGAAGCAUGCAAGUCAUUCUUUCCUAAUCAGGAGGCAGUCGAGAAGCAUCAAGCAGACAAACAUUCUCGUCUAUUUUGCAAGAUCUGUAAAAAGGUUAUGAAGAAUGUACAAGGCUUGAAACUUCACUCGGUUAAAUGUGGCGUCGAUAUUCAGCCAGUCAAGACUUUUAUCCCGAGAUACGCCAGAAAUAAGAAGUAA